UGCUAUCAAGCACAUUGAAGAUGUUGCCGACUGCGCUUUUCGGUUCAACUACCGAUACUAAAGCAAACCCGAUCAUGGAGGUGGACGACAGUGCGCCAGUUCUUUCUCGAAAGGAGAAACGUGAACUCAAGCGGGCAGCUAAACAAGGAAGGCGUGAGAGCAGUAGGGACAAGGCCAAGCAAGAUGUAGUAGACCCGGCAAGCAACGAGACUUCGCUUGCAGCUCACUCUAUUGUGGCAACAUCUCAGCAAAGCCGAUUUCACUCGGCUACGUUUGAUGCGUUCGGUAAGAACGUGCUGCUGAACGAUUUCACGCUAUCAAUCGUCACACCUGACGGCAGCAAGUCGGAGAAAACGAUUGAGCUGCUCGUCGACACGCAACUGAAGCUAAACUACGGUACCAAGUACGCCCUGAUUGGGCCUAACGGCAUCGGCAAGUCAACACUGCUGCAGGCAUUAGCUGACGGUCUAGUUGAAGGACUGCCCCAGGCACUCAAAAUCCUUUAUGUCAACCAAAUGGACACGUCGUCGUUCUCGGACGAGAGCAUGGAGAGAACUGUACUACAAACUGUACUUGAUGCUGACACCCGCGUAUCCGAUGUGCGCUCGAAGUUGGCGAUUCUGCAGCGAGCAACCACCGUGAGCCAACACUCAGAUCCCUUUAUCUUCGCCUCUCAGAAGGCCAUGCUACUGCACGCGCUACUCGAGGUCAAGGUGAUGGAGGCCAAGGAGGAGCUGGUCACCACAACAAAAAUCGCCAUCAAGCGCAGCGGAAUGCGCGGUAAAGAUGCCCGUCACCGGCAGCUAGAAGCGGAGCACACUGUGGCUGAUCUUGAGUUGCAAUUGCGAUUUACAGAGCAGUCGGACAGUGAACAUGAGACCGUUCAAGCAGCCAACGAAGCGGUAAUCUUGCGCGAGAUCAACGAGAAGAUCAAAGAGUACGAAAUAACUCUGAAGGCGUUGGAUGAAGCAUCGAUGGAAGCUCGAGCUCGGCGCAUUUUGUCGACUAUGGGCGUUGAUACAGCUAAACAAGAGGCUCAGCUCGCCUCACUGAGCGGCGGUUGGCAGGUGCGCAUUCUAUUGGCACGUGUGUUGUUCAUGGAGCCCGACUUGUAG